AUGCCUAACGCUGGAGGUCUGCCCGCAGCAGGGGGCGAUGCCGAGGAAGUAAUCUGCAUCAGACAGGGACCCGACAUACCGCAGGGGUAUGUCGACCUGGACUAUGGCACCAGCGGGUUCAGGGGAGUGGCUGACACACCGCCGAACCACCUCGACCAUGUAGUAUACAGGUGCGGCGCCCUCUUGGCGGCUCUGCCGUUCUUGAGGAACCCUACUGAGUUAUACAAUGUGGAGCUGUCUCUCGCUGGACCGCUCAGUGGUGUCUUGGAAGCCCGGAGCAUGCCCAUUCAAUCUGCCGGUGCUGUCAUCACUGCCAGUCACAAUCACGCCAAAGAAAAUGGAAUCAAGCUACUUGAGGCUGAUGGAACCAUGCUGGAAACCAUAUGGGAGAAGGAAUUUACGGCUCUGGUUAACUUUAGGGGAUCUGUGUCCGAUGCCCUUGCGCGGAUCUUUAGGAAGCAUGGUGUAGUACACGUGCAACGAAACCGGGUGCCAUACACCAUACUCGUAGGACACGACACCAGAGAAUCAAGUCCAAAGCUCGCUGCGAUAUUCAAGGCCGGUGUGGAAGCCAUGGCGGAUGCCCUGAAGCUGGAAAAGAUUACAUGCGUGGUGCUGGGUGCAGUGACCACGCCCACAGUAGGGUUCCUCCUCAACAACUCACUUCUAUCAGCGUCAAACGAUGACAUGUACGUGGAGGCAUUGAGACGCGCUUUCUACUCUACGCUAGACUCUCUUGUUGCACUAGGACGCAUCAAAAGGUCUCUGAAAACUGACGACCACCAGUCUCUUUUUUAUGACUGCUCAUAUGGGGUUGGCGGUAAAGUCGUCUACAAGCUAUUCGCAUGCUUGAGGGAAAUCGCAAUCAUUCCACACCUGUGCCAUAGCCCUAUUUGGCUAGGGGAACAAAUGCAUCACAUGCUUAACAACGAAUGCGGGGCUAACUAUGUUCUGAGCGAACAACGCCCGCCAGCGCUCAUAGAGAGUCGCAUAACCGUAUACGAAGGCAAGUGGUUCUGCUCGUUCGAUGGAGACGUGGACCGACUAGUGUACUUCAGCCCGCACAAGGGAUCGAUUCGCCUCAUAGAUGGCGUUCGACUGCUCCUCAUUAAGAUGAAAUUCCUUAAUUUUGCAUUGUCGAACUGGAAGCGCGAAAGCCACGAAGUCAUUAAAAUGGGGGUAUUGCUAAAUCACUAUGCGAACGGUGCAGCUUUGAACUACAUCAGGCAAUUAAUGGCGGAGUGGAACGAGGCGGACCACCGCGUGCACUGGAGCAUGCAACUGUGCAAAGUGGGGAUGAAAAAUAUGCAGGCGAAGGUGCCUAACUAUCACAUAACAAUUCUGUACGAGGCCAAUGGUCAUGGCAACGUUGUUUUCACUAAGGAUUCGCCACUAUACCGUGACAACGGAGACUGCGAGUACAGACGGCUCCUAAUGAACGUUUCUGCCAUGUUCAACAAUCCCAUAGGAGAUGCAAUUGCAAAUUCAUUGUUCAUAGAGUUGGCCCUUAGAACUCUUGAACUUUCUUAUGACGAUGUGUUGCAGUUCUACGAGGAGCUGCCAUACGUCAAUGUAUCCGCUCGAAUCCCGCCUGAAAAACGUGCGAUAUUCCGCACAACACCGGAUGACGACUCCGUCAUAGAGGAGCCUGCUGAACUGAUGCGAUUGGUAACUGAAUCGGUUGCCAAAGUGAAAGGUGCACGAGCUUUCAUAAGGCCGUCAGGAACAGAGGCCCUUUGCCGCAUAUACUCCGAAGCGCCAAGCGAGGAGCAGGCACGAGCACUCGCUAACGUUAUAGUGGAACACAUGAAAUCGUUUUUGUGA